AUGCCGAGCUUAGGAGGCCUGCUAAAGAAGCGGCGCACGAAGGACUCGCAAACCCUCUCGUCCGAGUUGUCCGGCACCGAUCAUCAUUCAGCUCAAGCACAACAGCCUCAACCCGAUUCCCACACCAACGAUCCCAACCAGGACACUGAAGGCGCCUCCAUGCAACCAGACGCCUCAUCACAAGCAUCUCCGCACCAUCAGGGCCUGUCCAAUGCCGCCAGCAUUAACAACAUCAUAAAUAGCCCGGCCAAUGCUCAAGGGGAGCACAAGCCGAGCUCCCAGUCGGCCCAGAAUGCCCAGAAUGCCCCGGCCAAUGCCCAGCAGAAGGAGCGCACCACCAAAGGGAAAUACUCCCAAGAGGACUUCCUUCUGCAGCGCACUCUAGGAACUGGGAGUUUCGGUCGCGUGCACCUGGUCCAGUCGAAGCACAACCACCGCUUCUAUGCCAUGAAGGUGCUGAAAAAGGCUCAGGUCGUCAAGAUGAAACAGAUCGAGCACACCAACGACGAGCGUCGCAUGCUCAACCGCGUUCGCCAUCCGUUCCUCGUGACCCUUUGGGGUACCUGGCAAGACUCACGUAAUCUCUACAUGGUGAUGGACUUUGUUGAGGGUGGUGAACUCUUCAGUCUUCUGCGCAAAUCCCAGGUACGGCCCGUCGCUGGCAAGGAAACCCCGCCCCCAUUCAUCACUAACCCCUCACGACAGCGAUUCCCCAACCCAGUCGCCAAAUUCUACGCCGCAGAAGUCACCCUCGCUCUGGAGUACCUGCACCAACAUCAGGUUAUCUAUCGUGAUUUGAAGCCCGAGAAUCUCCUCCUUGAUCGUCAUGGUCAUCUGAAGAUCACCGAUUUUGGCUUUGCUAAGGAGGUCCCGGAUAUUACUUGGACACUAUGCGGAACCCCCGAUUAUCUCGCUCCCGAGGUGGUUUCAUCCAAGGGCUAUAAUAAGUCAGUAGAUUGGUGGUCAUUGGGAAUCCUGAUCUUUGAAAUGCUGUGCGGGUUCACGCCAUUCUGGGACAGCGGAUCUCCUGUCCGGAUCUACGAGAACAUCCUGAAGGGCAAGGUCAAGUACCCACCCUACUUGCACGAUGACGCCGUUGAUCUGCUGUCACAACUGAUCACCGCGGAUCUCACCAAGCGACUGGGUAACCUGCACGGAGGUCCCGACGACGUUAAGAAUCAUGCGUGGUUUGCCGAGGUCACUUGGGACCGACUGGCCCGCAAGGAUAUCGACGCACCCUAUAUCCCACCGAUCCGUGGUGGCCAGGGCGAUGCCAGCCAGUACGACAAAUAUCCCGAAGAGACGGAGCACUACGGUAACGACGGCGAAGAUGCAUAUGGACAUCUGUUCCCCGACUUCUAA